AUGAGUGCCCCAGCAGCCUCUACUUCGAAGAAAUCCAAGUCUCCAAAGCCGAAAUUGCCAGCUAGUCACCCGCCAGUGAUCAACAUGAUCUCAGCCGCGAUAUUGGCAUCGAAGGAGCGUAAGGGUAGCUCGCUUGCGACUAUUAAAAAAUACAUUGCUUCAAAUUAUAAGUUUGAUGUCGAGAAGCAGGCAGCACACAUUCGUCGUGGCAUUGUUCAUGGCGUAGAGAAAGGUGUUUUGGUUCGAGUUGGAAAUAAAGGCAAGGGUGCAUCUGGUAGCUUCAAAGUCGCUGAGAAGAAAGUUGCUGAGGCAAAGCCGAAGGUACCAAAGCCAAAAACUAAAUCACCGUCGACCAGCAAACCGAAAUCAACUCCGAAAAAACCCAAAGAAAAGAAAGUCGCUAAACCAAAAGUUAAGACACCCAAAAAGCCUAAGGCUGCUGUUACCAAAAAGCCAUCGACUAAGAAACCUUCUUCUCCAAAGAAGUCAAAGGCUGUGGUUAAGAAGGCAGCUCCGAAGAAGAAGUAA